UAAGAGCCCCGGCUGAUGGAGUCCUUCCUUCACACCGGCUUCAGGAGGAGCUUCCGUCUGAGCCGGAGAGACAGGAAGACCAACAAGUCCAUGUACGAGAGCAAGAAGAGCGAGAUGUACGACACGGCCGACGUGCCCACGUACGAGGAGGUGACCGCCUACCGCCGGCCCAGCGGAGCCAAGCACCGCCUGGUGGUGCUCGUAGGACCCACGGGCGUCGGCAUGAACGAGCUGAAGAGGAAGCUGUUGGUCUCUGACCCCCAUCACUUCAGCGUGACCAUCCCACACACCAGCCGGGCCAAGAAGAGCCAGGAGACGGACGGCGUGGAGUACCACUUCAUCUCCAAGCACCUCUUCGAGACCGACAUCCACAACAACAAGUUCAUCGAGUAUGGCGAGUACAAGGGGAACUACUACGGGACGAGCCUGGACUCGGUCCGCUCCGUCCUCUCGAAGAGUAAAGUGUGCUUGCUGGACGUCCAGCCUCACACGAUCAAACACCUGCGGACGGCGGAGUUCAAGCCUCUAGUGGUGUUCGUGAAGCCGCCGCCGCUGGAGAGGCUGAGGGAGACCAGGAAGACCGCCAAGGUCAUAUCGGGCAAGGACGACAAGGGCACGGCCAAGCCGUUCACGGACGAGGACUUUGAGGACAUGGUGCAGACGGCGCAGACCAUGGAGGCUCAGUACGGCCACCUCUUUGAGAAGGUCAUCGUCAACGACGACCUGUCGGCGGCGUUCGACGAGCUGCGGUCGGCGCUGAAGAGCGUGGAGACGGAGACUCACUGGGUUCCCGUCAGCUGGACUCACUCCUGAGACUGUAGAGGAGACAGAGGGAAGCGAUUCUAGAGCAAUGUGCAGGUUUUAUCUUCUGUUUCUACGUGUGUGUGUGUGUGUGUGUGUGUGUGUGUGUGUGUCUGCAUCGACUGGUGUUGGGAGGAAUAGAACAAGACGGCGCCAGACUGCCAGCGUCGCCAUGCCUGAGCCGGGCCGGCCUAAAGUCGGGUGUCUGGAUCCAGCAGGAUUUAGAGCUCAGCCUGGACGUGGAUCCGCUGAGGGAUUCUGUCCAGAACUGGAGUCUUGGACAUCGAUCGAGUCUCUGUCCUGGUCCAGAACCAGGGCCUGGGGCCGGGACGAGCACGGCAGCAGCAGUGAUCCGGCGAUCAGUGUGUUCAUUACGUCAGAGCGUUAGGAGCCAAAAGGGAUGGAAGCGUUGGUUCUCGGUGGACCGCCUUCGUUUGUGUGUCGCUCAAAGAGCCUCGAGGGGAAGGAACCUUUUCUGUGCUUCUAGAAUUCUUCCACGACUGUUAAACCUCUGUCAGGUACACUCCCCACAAC